UAUCAGGUUCCAACUCUAGCUAAAUCUACCAAGAAUUUUGGAAGUGGUGUGCGUUCUGGCACUACUUUGGGUGUUCGACGCAAGACAAAUAUACUAUCUGGACCAUUGCAUGAUCCUACAGAGCCAGAUGCAGUUAUACUGUACGAACCAAAAGUUAUUUUAUCCGAAGCCGCCAAAUUGGAAGCACUCAAAUCUACUGCUAUUGGAGGAAAAGGUCCUGUCGGUGAGGUGCACGUUGUUGUCGAUCCACUUUUGGGUCGUGUUUUACGACCUCAUCAGAUUGAAGGUGUUCAGUUUCUUUACAAUUGCACCACCGGAGAGCAAGUCGCUGGCGCUUUUGGUUGUAUCAUGGCAGAUGAAAUGGGUCUUGGAAAAACGCUUCAAUGCAUUGCUCUACUUUGGACUCUUUUAAGACAAUCACCUAUACCAGGAAAGCCGUGGAUUGAAAAGGCAAUCAUUGCAUGUCCGUCUAGUCUUGUCAAGAAUUGGGCCAACGAAUUAAAAAAAUGGCUUGGAGAAAACAGAGUUCGUCCAUACUCGUGUGACAACAAAGGAACAAAGGAGCAAACUACCAAGGACAUUGAGCAGUUUGUAGCUGCAAAGGGUCGUGGAGUAGUCAAUCCAGUAUUGAUUGUUUCUUAUGAAACAUUGCGUAUUUACACUCCAAUUUUGGUCAAGACAGAAAUUGGUUUACUUUUGUGUGACGAAGGACAUCGGCUCAAAAAUGGCGACUCUCUUACUUAUACUUCACUUAACCAGCUUAAAGCCAAACGUCGUGUUAUUCUUUCAGGAACUCCCAUUCAAAAUGAUUUGACCGAAUACUUUAGUUUGCUCAGUUUUGCUAUUCCUGAUGUGCUUGGCUCUGAAGCUGAUUUUCGAAAAAAAUUUGAGCUGCCUAUUUUGAGAGGUCGUGAUGCUGAUGCAUCUGACAAGGAUCGAAAAACCAGUGAGGAGAGACUAGGCGAGCUGCUCACUACUGCAAACAAAUUCAUUAUUCGUCGUACGGCUGAGUUGCUUACCAAGUAUUUGCCAGUCAAGUAUGAGUAUGUUGUGUUUUGCAAAUUAUCAGAGAUGCAAGCCACUAUAUAUCGUCAUUUUUCCAAGCAAGAAAUGAACAAGCUUGCUGCCAAAGAACGAGGCGAGAAACCAGAAAAAGCCAUUACAACUCUCAAGAAGCUUGUAAAUCAUCCUAUUCUUCUUAAUAGAGAUGACAUGGAAGACAGCUGGAUUCCAAAAGAAUUUAGUUUCAAAGAAUGCCAACCAGAAUACUCUGGAAAAAUGUAUUUGCUAGAACGGAUGCUUUGCCAGAUGCAUGCCCAAUCCUCGGAUAAAAUUGUGCUGAUUUCCAACUACACUCAAACGUUGGAUGCGAUCGAGAAAAUGUGCAGGGUUAGGAAAUGGCAGCUUUGUCGAUUGGAUGGUACCAUGACCAUUCAAAAACGACAAAAGCUUGUAGAUCGAUUCAAUGACCCUACUCAACCUGAAUUCAUCUUUUUGCUUUCGAGUAAAGCUGGUGGUUGUGGGAUCAAUUUGAUUGGUGCCAAUCGUCUUAUUCUUACAGAUCCAGACUGGAACCCAGCCAAUGACGCCCAAGCUCUUGCUCGUGUUUGGCGUGAUGGCCAGACCAAAGUAUGCUUUAUUUAUCGGUUUAUUGCCACUGGCACCAUUGAAGAGAAGAUUUUUCAAAGACAAGCACACAAACAGUCACUGUCAUCGUGUGUAGUGGACGAAGAGCAAGAUGUGGAACGACACUUUUCUUUAGAAGCACUAAGACAGCUGUUCCAGUACAAUGAUCAAACAAUGAGUGAUACGCAUGAUGCGUUUAAAUGCAAGCGAUGUCGCGGAGGAAAGCAGAUGAUCAAACCUCCAGAGGGUGUCAUUAAUACAGGAGCAACGGCAGCCGACACGAGCACAUGGAAUCAUUACAGUGGUCUUGAACUGAACAAAGUCUAUGAUCACUUGCUACGUGAGCAAGGACUUUCUACUGGCGUGCUUACAUAUGUGUUUCAGAACAAGGUAAGACUAGUACGAUUUGACCUGUAA